CAAAACUCUUUGAACAGUUUUGAAAAGGAUGAAUUCAAGCUCUGCAAAUUCUCCAUCAAUGGCUAAUAAUUUAACGCCCACCGACGCUUCUAGCAAGAAGAUUCGCAAACCAUACACCAUAACCAAAUCUAGAGAAAGCUGGACUGAAGAAGAACAUGACAAGUUUCUCGAAGCUCUUCAACUGUUUGACCGUGAUUGGAAGAAAAUUGAGGACUUCGUAGGCUCGAAGACAGUAAUUCAGAUUCGCAGUCAUGCACAAAAAUACUUCUUGAAGGUCCAGAAGAACGGUUCAAUAGCACACGUGCCACCACCUCGGCCCAAGCGUAAAGCAGCUCAUCCUUAUCCCCAGAAGGCACCAAAAAAUGUGUUAGUACCGUUGCAAGCAUCCAUGGGUUACCCUUCGUCAAUGAAUUCCCUUCCACCGGGAUAUCCAUCAUGGGAUGACGCGUCUGUACUCAUAAAUUCUCCGUCAGGCGGAGUAAUGCCAUCACAAGAUGAAUAUCAUCUUCAAAGUAUUCAGGCUGAUAUUGGAUCAAAGGGAGCUACAUUGAUUAGUAACAGCAGCAUCAGUGGCAUUAAAAAAUCCAACAGAACGGCGCCGAGUUCUGAACUACCAGAGCAGAGUAAUUUAGGUUCUGUUCCUCAUGGCAUACCCGACUUUGCAGAAGUCUAUAGCUUUAUUGGAAGUGUCUUUGACCCGGACACUAGAGGUCAUGUACAGAAGCUAAAGGAGAUGGACCCUAUAAAUUUUGAAACUGUUUUGUUGUUGAUGCGAAAUCUUACAAUGAACUUAUCAAACCCGGACUUUGAACCCAUUAAAAAUGUAUUGUCAACAUAUGAUCUCAGUACAAAAGUUGUAGAUCUUCCUACAGGUGCUGCUAUCAAUAACCACAAUGAUCUAUCAUGUCAGACAAUAUGAUUGAAACUAUAACUAUUACACGAGACUUUCCAACGGUGCCUCUUCACGCUCUUAAGAGCUGAAAAAAUUCUUCAUCUCUGGUAAGAGUCCCAGAGUCGUGCCUACGGAUAAGAGCAUCUUCCUCUGCUUUUGUCAUUGAUGCUCGGUGGUCACUGAUCAUGGAAGAUGUUUCAUUUUGAAGUCGAGCUUCUCUUUGCGAGAAGUGUGUCUAAACCUUGACAGCUCUAGGUUUUUUUUUCUUCCUUAAAUGUAUAUCACCUCAAUUUUGUGUAGUGUAAUUAUUUGGAGUUUUGUGUAAAACUUGUAGUUUAAAUAGGAAUAAUAUAACCAGGAAAAAGUUCUUUGUACCUCUCUGCCUUUUGAAGUAUGUUUGUUGAGUGCUGAGCA